CCAUGCUAAGGACAGGCUGGUAUACAUGCAGGUGGAGAGGCAUCCAGCCAGGCAGACAGACCCGCAGCAUGAAGAGGACAAUCACAGCCUUACUGUGCCUUGCGUUGGUGGUCCAUGGGGCGAUUAGGGUCCCGCUCCGACGCUUUACAACUUUGCGUGCUGAGCUGCGCUCCGCCAAGAAGCUGGCGGCCUUCCUGCAAGAGCACCGGGCCGACAUCUUUGCCCGCAAGUACGCCCACUGCUUCCCCCAGGGUCACAGCCCCCGGCCACACCGCGGCGUCGAGAAGCUCUACAACUUCAUGGACGCCCAGUACUAUGGGGAAAUCAGCCUGGGCAGCCCAGAACAGAACUUCACCGUGGUGUUCGACACCGGCUCCGCGGACCUCUGGGUGCCGUCGUCGUACUGUGUGAGCCAGGCCUGCGGUACGCACCACCGGUUCAAGGCCUUCGAGUCGAGCUCCUACCAGCAUGACGGCAGAGUGUUUUCCAUCCAUUACGGCUCUGGGCACCUGUUAGGAGUCAUGGCUAAAGAUGUCCUACAGGUUGGAGGCAUAUCUGUGAAGAACCAGCAGUUUGGGGAGUCCGUGUAUGAACCCGGAUUUGCGUUUGUCCUGGGACGGUUUGACGGUGUCCUGGGCCUAGGCUACCCCAGCCUAGCUGAAGAGGCUGGUGCCCCUGUGUUCGAUAGCCUGAUAUCCCAGAAGAAAGUGGACAAGCCCAUCUUUUCCUUCUACCUCAGCAGGAAAAAGAACAUGGCGGAUGUUGAAGGAGAGCUUCUGUUGGGGAGUAUCGAUGAGUCCUUAUUUACUGGUCCCCUCCACUGGGUCCCAGUCACAGAGAAGGCUUACUGGCAGAUAAAGAUGGACAAUGUGAAGGUGAAGGGGGCAGUGACGUUCUGCGCCCAGGGCUGCCAGGCUAUCGUGGACACGGGCACCUCUUUGAUUGGCGGCCCCACGCGAGAGAUCAGACUCCUCCAGGAGUACAUUGGGGCCACACGCAGCACGCUGGGCGAGUUCCUAGUGGACUGUUCCAGGAUCUCCAGCCUGCCCCCAGUCACCUUUACCAUCGGCGGGGUGGACCACACCUUGUCUCCCGAUGCAUAUGUCAGACAGGAAACUGUGGAUGGUCAGCUGAUCUGUCUCAGUGGUUUCCAGGCAACCGACAUUCCUCCCCACCUGGGACCAAUGUGGAUCCUGGGUGACGUCUUUAUCUCUGAGUUCUACACGGUCUUUGACCGCGGGCAGAACCGAGUUGGGUUCGCUCCCGCCUAUCACAGUACUAAAGGUAGUCCUUAGGCGAUGAGAAGAUGAUUAUAGAUGAUUAUAAGGUCACAGAAGCCUGCUUGCUGCUUAAUCAUGCGCUAAUUGGUUGAUUAUAUGAAAAUCCUAAUGCUUUUCUUCGGUAUUACCAAGUAUCGUUGGUCAUCUUUGGUCACGUUUUAUUCAGAAUGUUUUGGAUCAAAACAUGGCUAAUAAUAUAUCAAGCUGUCUGCAAAACUCAAAAUAGUUUCACUGCCAUAAGUAGACCAUCUGCAUAUCGUAAUGAAAUUAGUGCAUAAAGAAUUAGCUAAUAAUCCUGACUAUAGGUAUUCAGUAGUUAUGUUAUUUUUUUGUGCAUUAGCAAAACACAGACUGUCCCCUAGAGGGGGCUGUGGAAUUAACAAUAUCUGCUAACUGUAGUGAAGCUGUGCUGCGAUUAAAA